CACUGUUCCUCAAAGGAAACAGAUGCGGGGGUCACCCUCAGUUUGUGAAGCUCGAAGCUACAACAAUCCUUGUUAAUUUUUUUGUUUACACAAUUGCCCCCAAUUUCCAUCGCCACCACCACCCUACACGCUGCCUUAGCCGUGAACUAUUACGACAUAUUUGUCACCAGCCGCUGCUUUUAGAGGGAGAAGCCAUGGAUGAAUCAGUUGGUUGCCGUCGCGUUUCUCUGUGUAGCUGCCAAAGUGGAAAAGACUGAAGUGUCGCUUUUGUUAGAUUUGCAAGUUGAGGAAUCUAAAUAUCUGUUCGAGGCAAAGACGAUUCAGAGAAUGGAGCUUCUCCUACUCUUUACGGUCGAAUGGAGGAUGAAUCCGAUGACGUCGAUGUCCUUCUUCGACCACAUUGCGAGGCGAUUUGAGUUCGUGAAGAAUCUACAUUGGGAAUUUUUAAGGAGAUGCGAGGGUGUGAUUCUCUCAGCUAUUGCUGAUUCUAGGUUAGUACAUUAUCUGCCUUCUGCGAUUGCUGCUGCAACAAUGAUUUAUGCAGUUAGAGAUAUAGGAGAUGAAGAUGCUGCGGAAUAUGAAGAUCAGCUUCUGCUUGUGCUCAGAGCUAGCAAGGUCUGAUUGGAGUUUUGUUGUUGCUGGUUGUUUAACAAAAAACCUAUUAGCAAAUAUCAGUUUAUGCACCGUGAACGACUGCGGCCCCUCUGCCCCUCCCCGUUGUUUAUUCUCUCUCUCUCUCUCUCUCUCUCUCUCUCUCUCUCUCUCUCUUCCAAUUUCAGGAACCCUCCCUCCCUUUCCCGCGCUGAUUCGCCAUGAGAACGGCAGCACCUCGAGGAGCAUCGACGACGAGAUUCUGCGUGCCGAUACUGGGUUCUUCUUGAUUUGAUGAUUUCUGUUCUACAUUUGCGGUGACAUGUUGAAGCAGAUUUUGCUAGUUUUUGGACACGUUUUUGAGGAAUAAACAACUUUGUGAACAUUGGAUAUUUUGGUCAUUUCUUGCCCGUAACUUGGUAUUAGUUUUGAAUACCAAACACUGAGCAUCUAUUUACAUGCUUUUGCAGAGAUUCUACCAAAUGCACAACCUACAUAACGUAACAAGUCCAACCAAAUUACCUUUCAUUGGGUUUGUGUAGAUGGGUUUAUCUCAACUUAGUUGUCAAACACACCCUUAUAGUAUAAUUG